CCCAUAUCACUCUAUUUUUCGCUUUCUCUAUUAGGCUAAAAGUAUUAAGAACUAGUGCAAAACGGUUGAAACGCCACACCAAUGGACCAGCUCAGCGCAGAACAAGCGCAAGCAUUAUGGGAGGCUGGUGGCUUUCUCAUCAUCACUGAUCUGCCAGAAGGCAGUGAAUUUGGUAUAGACGGAACGUUUCAUACCGUGCGGAAAUUCUCAGGCAUCAAGUUUCUUCCUCCAGGAUUUCAUUUCAUCGCCUGGUCUCCUCCACCUUCAUCCACCACAGCCGGGCCUUCUGUCAUUCCGAUUCGCCAAGCGUUCGUUCGCAACUUUUCAGCGAAAGAAAGAUAUGCUGUUCAUUAUGAUAAGGAUACAGAGAAUAUCAGCCUUCCCGAAAAUGGUACGGUCAUAUCGGAUGAUAAUCUCAAAACGUUAGACAAGGAACUUGCGCCUUAUCCGUUCGAAAGAUUUGAAGCGUGGAAAUCUCUCACAUCGCACAUUACCCCUACUAUAUUACAGUCUGUCAUCGGUCCUGAUGGUAAAGUAGAUGGCUUAAUGCCAGUCAUCGAUCAAGAGGAAGACACUUUGACAAGAGAUAUGCGAGAGAAGCUAGAAGAAAUAAAACGGAGGAGCCAGAAUUUUGGUUUCACAAAGAGCUUAAUGUUUGUAAGAUUCAGUCUCAAAAAGAGUUGGAGAGAUGGGGCGGUCGGAGAAGAAGUGACAGUGUACUCUAAAGAUAAAAGCUGGCUAUUGGGCAACGUGAUUGACGAACAGCUUGAUAGAAAUCCAACUGCACUUUUGGGCCAUCUUCAGCUGUCAUUCAUUUUUUUCCUCCAAAUCUCGUCAUACUCUUCACUUUUGGCGUAUCAAAGGAUACUGGCGCUUUUGUGUCAAUCUUCAUCCUUCCUUAUUUCGCCAUCUACCUUCCUCUCCCCACCUAAACGAAACCCUAACGCCCAUGUGGGAGAAGGAAUGAAAAUAAUUUAUAAAGAACUACUCAAAACUCUACGAGUAGAAAUCGAAGCACUGCCUGAUGGAGUAUUUGACACAGAGCUUCCAGAAAUGGAUGUCUUUUAUCUUGAUCAGCUUGAAAGCCUUCGCAAAAACCUUGCAUCUGCGAUAUGGGGUGAGGUCGAAGAGGGCACAACCUGGACAGAACUUGAACGACAAUCUUUCAAAUCUUUAUGGAAUGCUCUCCGCGAUUCGGCGUGGAAAAAGUGGAAGUGGGAUAUCGAUGAACUGAGCCAUAGGGUGGAUGAAGAGGAUGAGGACGAAGAAGGAGAAUACGCGCCAGUAGUCAUUGAAAUAUAACUUCAUUACAUGCAUAUUAAGCUCACAGCUCU